CCAAACCAUAAAGCCAUCCCACCAACUCCCUAUUCCCCUAUACCCCCAAAGCUCGUCUUUUUCGCUUUCAAUCUUUCCUUUUGUUAGCGGCUGGUCUCUUCGUGUUGUAGAAUUUUAUGCCACUUUCGUGAUCAAGAAUCAAAACUGAUCUACCCUCUUCUCUUCCCUUCUUCUUUGUUGUCUCUUAACCCUUUUUUUAACAGUCUUUGCUCUUGUUAUUUCCUCAGGCCGGACCCAAGGAGGUGAUCCUUUUCAGGUCUUAUGCUACUUUAUGUCCCAGGAUUCAUCUGUAUUCCAUAGGUAUGUUAUCUUUAGGUUGCACUAGGUUGCUAGAUUCUAUUCAGUCACAAUGUUUAGUAGAUGGAGCAAUUCCCACCACAGCCAAGAGAAUGAUUCAUUGCAGCAUGAAUCCAAGGUUAAGGAGCUUAGAGCUGCAAUCGGACCACUAGCUGGUCGCAGUUUGAAGUAUUGCACUGAUGCCUGCCUGAGGAGAUACUUGGAGGCACGAAACUGGAAUGUUGAUAAAUCGAAGAAAAUGCUGGAAGAGACACUCAAAUGGAGAUCGACCUAUAAGCCUGAGGAAAUACGUUGGGAUGAAAUUGCCGUAGAAGGUGAGACUGGAAAAGUAUAUCGAGCGAAUUUUCACGACCGUGAUGGUAGGACUGUUCUUAUAUUGCGACCAGGAAAGCAGAACACUACAUCCUUGGACAAUCAGUUCCGCCAUUUGGUGUAUAUGAUAGAGAAUGCUAUCCUAAACCUUCCUGAGGGUCAACAACAGAUGGUAUGGUUGAUAGAUUUCACUGGCUGGAGCUUGAGCACGAGUGUUCCUAUCAAGUCUGCUCGCGACACCAUUAAUGUAUUACAAAACCACUACCCUGAGAGGCUGGCUAUGGCAUUUCUCUACAAUCCCCCGAGAAUUUUCGAAGCAUUCUGGAAGAUUGUUAAGUAUUUUCUAGAUGCCAAAACCUUCCAAAAGGUGAAGUUUGUGUACCCUAAGAACACAGACAGUGUGGAGCUCAUGAGCUCAUAUUUUGACAAGGAAAAUCUACCAACAGAAUUUGGAGGAAAGGCCAUAUUGGAGUACAAUCAUGAAGAGUUCUCCAAGCAAAUGGUCCAGGAUGAUACCAAAUCUGCUACUUUGUGGGGAUUCGAUGAUAAACGCCAAUCUAUCGGCAGCGAGCAGUCCGGACCCGAGGUUGCACCCGAGCCUAUCUGCAUUGCACAAGCGGCCAGUUGAUCUAUCUGCCCUCGGCUUACUAUGUAAUAAAUUAUCGCCAAUUGAGAUAUGAACUUAUAACUAAUAGGAGCUUUAAGUGAAUGCAGUGGGAAGGAUAACAAUCAGCUUGUUGCUACUCAUUAGGGAGAUUAUUUUCUGUCAUCCCCCUACUGAUGGCUUACCUUGUCUUCAACCUUCAUUAUCCAGUAAAGAGGGAAUAAGCAUGUGAUGUCUAAAAGAAACCA